AUGUGCGCUGCCGUGCACGUUCUGGUAUAUGUGGGUGCUCUGACGUAUCUUGAUAACCAGAUUAUUGGUUUCACAGCGUAUGCAGGUCGCCCAAAGGCUCUUUUACACGACUUAGAGUUACGCCAAGACCUACUUUUAGUAGUGAUGUGCGCUGCCGUGCACGUUCUGGUAUAUGUGGGUGCUCUGACGUAUCUUGAUAACCAGAUUAUUGGUUUCACAGCGUAUGCAGGUCGCCCAAAGGCUCUGUUACACGACUUAGAGUUACGCCAAGACUUCCGUUUGUCGACUACAAAGAUCUAG